ACGGCAUUACGUUUUUCAACUCGGCCGCGAAAAUACAUCAGCUCCCGAAGGCUAAGCUACUCCAUGUAUUGAAAAACACAAGUCCCGCGAUUCGCGACUAAAACCAUUCAGUGUGUGACGCGAACUGCCAAACAAAAUAUACAAAAAUAUAUAUAUUGCAGUUUUCAACGAAUUAUUGGCAGUUCUUAUUUAAAAAAAAUUUCAAAUAUACACAAAAAAGUGCCAGAACCAAGAAUCAAAAUAAAUGAUCUUUUAAAAGAAGAAUAAUACAAAAGUGUUUCCGAAAAAAAAGCAAAAGAAAACGCAAGCACCGUUAGUUCCCUCUCUCGCUUUUCCCUUUUGCGCUUUUUUGCGUGAAAAGGAGAAGAAACGCAAAUCGCGAAUAAAUAUCUAUAUAAAAAAAGCUACAAUUUUCGCGACACUUAAAAAUAAACACACACUCGAGGAAAUUUACAACAAAAAAUGUGGCGCGUGCACGUGUAGCUUGCAACAACAACAAAACAGCGAAAAUGCUUAAAGCGAAUUGCAAAACCAUGUGCGACAAGUAACCAAAAAAUAUUAACAAAAAAUUAAAUACGAAACAUAAAUACAAUAAACAAUUUGAGUAGUUGCCGCACACACACACACACACACAGCCCGUGGAUUAUUACACUAAAAGCGACACUCAAUCCACAAAAAACCAGCCACAAAAAUCAUCAAUAAACAUGCAUUGGAUUAAAUGUUUAUUAACGGCAUUCAUUUGCUUCACAGUCAUCGUGCAGGUUCACAGUUCCGGCAGCUUUGAGUUGCGACUGAAGUACUUCAGCAACGAUCAUGGGCGGGACAACGAGGGACGCUGCUGCAGCGGGGAGUCUGAUAGCGCGACGGGCAAGUGCCUUGGCAGCUGCAAGACGCGGUUUCGCGUCUGCCUGAAGCACUACCAGGCCACCAUCGAUACCACAUCGCCGUGCACCUACGGGGACGUGGUGACGCCCAUUCUCGGCGAGAACUCGGUCAACCUGACCGAUGCCCAGCGCUUCCAGAACAAGGGCUUCACGAACCCCAUCCAAUUCCCCUUCUCCUUCUCAUGGCCGGGCACCUUCUCGCUGAUCGUCGAGGCCUGGCAUGAUACGAACAACAGCGCCAAUGCUCGCACCAACAAUCUUCUCAUCCAGCGUCUGUUGGUGCAGCAGGUACUGGAGGUGUCCUCCGAUUGGAAGACCAACAAGUCGGAGUCGCAGUACACGUCGCUGGAGUACGAUUUCCGUGUCACCUGUGAUGCCAACUACUACGGAUCCGGCUGUGCCAAGUUCUGUAGGCCGCGCGACGAUGCAUUCGGGCAUUCCACAUGCUCCGAGACGGGCGAAAUUAUCUGUUUGACCGGAUGGCAGGGCGAUUACUGUCACAAACCCAAAUGCGCCAAAGGCUGUGAGCACGGACACUGCGAGAAACCCAACCAAUGCGUUUGCCAACUGGGCUGGAAGGGAGCUUUGUGCAACGAGUGCGUUAUCGAACCAAACUGCAUCCAUGGUACCUGCAACAAACCUUGGACUUGCAUCUGCAACGAGGGAUGGGGUGGCCUGUACUGCAACCAGGAUUUGAACUACUGCACCAACCAUCGACCCUGCAAGAAUGGCGGAACCUGUUUCAAUACCGGCGAAUCCCUGUACACCUGCAAAUGCGCUCCCGGAUUCAGUGGCGAUGAUUGCGAAACUGAGAUUUACUCCUGCGAUGCCGAUGUAAAUCCUUGCCAGAAUGGUGGAACCUGCAUCGAUGAGCCACCAACGAAAACGGGCUACAAGUGUCAUUGUCCCAACGGCUGGAGUGGGAAGAUGUGCGAAGAGAAAGUACUGACCUGUGCUGAUAAACCCUGCCAUCAGGGCAUCUGUCGGAAUGUUCGUCCCGGUUUGGGAAGCAAGAAUCAGGGUUACCAGUGCGAAUGUCCCAUUGGCUACAGUGGACCAACGUGUGAACUCCAACUGGAUAACUGCAGUCCGAAUCCUUGCAUUAAUGGAGGAAGCUGUCAACCGAAUGGAAAGUGCAUUUGCCCAGCGGGAUUUACGGGAAUUAACUGCGAGACGAACGUUGACGAUUGCCUGGGUCACAAGUGCGAGAAUGGAGGCACCUGCAUAGACAUGGUCAACCAAUAUCGGUGUCAAUGUGUUCCCGGAUUCCAUGGCACUCACUGCAGCAGCAAAGUCGACCUAUGCCUUAUCAGACCGUGCGCCAAUGGAGGAACCUGCCUGAAUCUCAAAAACGAUUACCAAUGCACAUGCAAGGCUGGAUUCACUGGCAAGGACUGUUCCGUGGACAUCGACGAGUGCAGCAGUACACCCUGCCAUAAUGGUGGAACCUGCAUGAACCGCGUCAACUCCUUCGAAUGUGUGUGCGCCAACGGUUUCAGGGGCAAGCAGUGCGAUGAGGAAUCUUACGACUCGGUGACCUUCGAUGCCCACCAAUAUGGAGCCACCACCCAAGCAAGAGCCGAUGGAUUGACCAAUGCCCAGGUGGUGCUCAUUGCUGUCUUCUCAGUUGCCAUGCCUUUGGUGGCGGUUAUUGCGGCCUGUGUGGUGUUCUGCAUGAAGCGAAAGCGUAAGCGUGCCCAGGAAAAGGAUGAUGCGGAAGCCAGGAAGCAGAAUGAACAGAAUGCGGUGGCCACAAUGCAUCACAAUGGCAGCGGUGUGGGCGUAGCACUGGCUUCAGCCUCUCUGGGCGGUAAAACCGGCAGCAACAGCGGACUCACCUUCGAUGGAGGCAAUCCUAAUAUAAUCAAAAACACCUGGGACAAGUCGGUCAACAACAUUUGCGCCUCAGCAGCAGCGGCAGCGGCGGCGGCAGCAGCGGCCGACGAGUGCCUCAUGUACGGCGGAUAUGUGGCCUCUGUGGCGGAUAACAACAAUGCCAACUCUGACUUUUGUGUGGCUCCACUGCAAAGAGCCAAGUCGCAGAAGCAACUUAACACCGAUCCCACGCUCAUGCACCGCAGUUCACCGGCAGGCGGCAGCUCCUCCAAGGGAGCGACAGGCGGUGCACCGGGAGCGGCGGAGGGCAAGAGGAUCUCGGUUUUGGGUGAGGGAUCCUACUGCAGCCAGCGUUGGCCUUCGUUGGCAGCGGCGGGUGUGGCGGGAGCCUGUUCAUCUCAACUGAUGGCCGCCGCUUCGGCAGCGGGUAGUGGAGCGGGGACGGCGCAACAGCAGCGAUCCGUGGUCUGCGGCACUCCGCAUAUGUAACUCCAGACAUCCGGAGGGGAUCCAGGGAAAUCCGGAGAAAUCCGCAUGAAGGAGCUAACAGCACACACACAAAGAAAAGACUGGGUUGGGUUCGAAAUGUGAGAGAGACGCCAAAAUGUUGUUGUUGAUUGAAGCAGUUUAGUCGCCACGAAAAGAAAACAUGAAAAAUUUGUAACAGGCAUAACUCGUAAACACCCUAUAAAAAUUUGUAUAGUAAUUGGCAGAGCUGUGUCCCAAAUGCUUCGAUCGAUUUGAGAAUAUUAAUGGUUUCCUAGUUGGAACAUUUUUUAUAGAUUUUACAAAUGGCAAUCCCAGGAAGUAUAUGAAUUUUGAAUCGAAAUUUUAAAAAAAUAUUACAAAAUAUAAAAGAUAAUCCGUAAAACUCGAUCGUUACAGCAAAUGAGGGACAGCUAUUGCACUCUGAUUAUUCCAAUGGACUGACCUAAGCAUAAAGUUGUAUACCAUAAAGUCAACCAUUCAAAAUUGAAAACCUUUUGUUUCUGACACCCCCUUUAAAAAGCCCUUAAAAAAGAAAAGAAAAAUAACUUGACCAAUUGCUUGCUAGAAUUUAGACCAAGACCAAGACCAAGAACCACUGGACGACAGAGUCGAAGAAAGGACUCUCCACACGUUUUGACGUUUUGCAUGUUACUGAAAAAUCUGCUUCAAUUUAAUCUAUUUUUUCACUUAGUUCGAUAUAAAUUGUAAAUAUUAAUGGUAGCCGUAUUAGCCUACACAGUAAAUGUAAACUAAUGAUAGAAACGAUGAUUGAAAAGAAAAAAAACCUCCUCAUUGACGCCGCCCGAACUUGGGGGCUGCUUUUCUAUGCAAGGCAGUCGGCCAAAUCGGGCGAUUUGUAUAUAGUAAUCAUAGGUCACAUCGAUAUACGACAUGGAUAAGAGAAAAAGAUGAAAAGCCACACAAAAAAACUACAUAAAUUGACACUAUCUCGACUAUUUAGUUUCUAACUAUGUAUAUGUAAAUGUAGCGAACGAAGGGAAGAAAAAACUAAACUUAACUCGACUCUAGCUUAAUGUUAAUUUAAAAGACCCCACAAACAAACAAACAAACAUGCGAAGACAAGCAAAACAUUUAGUGAUUCUA